CAGCAUGCUGCGCUUCCUGGUCCCCCGGCUACUUUGCCUCCACGGCAGGAUCGCCCCAUACUCCUCGGCAGCAGCCCUCCCCAACCCCAUCUUGAAGCCAGACAUCUGCUACAGUCAGCUGUUCAUCAAUAAUGAGUGGCAAGAUGCGCUCAGCAAGAAGACUUUCCCCACAAUCAACCCCACCACCGGGGAGGUUAUCGGGCACGUGGCUGAAGGGGACGGGGCUGAUGUGGAUCGAGCAGUGAAAGCAGCCCGGGAGGCCUUCCGCCUGGGGUCCCCAUGGCGCCGCAUGGAUGCCUCUGAGCGGGGCCAGCUGCUGAACCGCCUGGCCGACCUAGUGGAGCGGGAUCGUGUCUACUUGGCCUCGCUAGAGACCUUGGAUAAUGGGAAACCUUUCCAAGAGUCUUACGCCUUGGACCUGGAUGAAGUUAUCAAGGUGUACCGCUACUUUGCUGGCUGGGCUGACAAGUGGCACGGCAAGACCAUCCCCAUGGAUGGUGAGCAUUUCUGCUUCACGCGGCAUGAGCCCGUCGGUGUCUGUGGCCAGAUCAUCCCAUGGAACUUCCCCUUGGUCAUGCAGGGCUGGAAACUGGCUCCAGCGCUUGCCACAGGCAACACUGUGGUUAUGAAGGUGGCGGAGCAGACCCCCCUCUCUGCCCUGUACUUGGCCUCCCUCAUCAAGGAGGCUGGCUUUCCCCCUGGGGUGGUGAACAUCAUCACAGGCUAUGGUCCAACAGCAGGAGCAGCGAUUGCACAGCACGUGGAUAUUGACAAGGUUGCCUUCACUGGCUCCACCGAGGUGGGCCACCUGAUCCAGAAGGCGGCUGGCGAUUCCAACCUUAAGAGAGUCACCCUGGAGUUGGGUGGCAAGAGCCCCAGCAUCGUGCUGGCAGAUGCUAACAUGGACCAUGCUGUGGAGCAGUGCCACGAAGCCCUCUUCUUCAACAUGGGCCAGUGCUGCUGUGCUGGUUCCCGGACCUUCGUGGAAGAAUCCAUCUAUGAUGAGUUUCUCGAGAGGACGGUAGAGAAAGCAAAGCAGAGGAAAGUGGGGAACCCCUUCCAGCUGGACACUCAGCAGGGGCCCCAGGUGGACAAGGAGCAGUUUGAACGAAUCCUGGGCUACAUCCAGCUUGGCCAGAAAGAGGGAGCAAAACUUCUCUGUGGCGGGGAGCGUUUUGGGGACCGUGGUUUCUUUAUCAAGCCUACGGUCUUUGGUGGCGUUCAGGAUGACAUGAGGAUCGCCAAAGAGGAGAUCUUUGGGCCUGUGCAGCCCUUGUUCAAGUUCAGGAAGAUUGAGGAAGUGAUUGAGAGGGCCAACAACACCAGAUAUGGCCUGGCUGCAGCCGUGUUCACCCAGGACCUGGACAAGGCCAUGUACUUCACCCAGGCACUCCAGGCUGGGACCGUGUGGGUCAACACCUACAACAUUGUCACCUGCCACACACCAUUUGGAGGCUUUAAGGAAUCUGGCAAUGGGAGGGAGCUAGGAGAGGAUGGGCUUAAGGCCUACACAGAGGUGAAGACGGUUACCAUCAAAGUUCCUCAGAAGAACUCAUAAGGCGGCCAUCACAGAGGCUUAAUCCCAGCCCAAUAAUUCUACCACCACCUAGACAUGUGAUGGCCAAACUUUUUUUUAGCCAUGGAUAUCCUUUAUUUGUUUCAAUGAACUCUUAGUAGGAGCUCCAACAAAUAAAGCAAUUCAAUCA